CGAGGAUUAAAAACAAUAUACAAGAUCUCUGAACAUCAUCCGGACGAGACGCUUGGAUCACUAAAGAAAUUAUUACAGACCAUUGUAUUUAUUCUAUCGCAUCUGGCGCAGGGACUCGUUCACAUAAGCCGGAAUGACUCCAUCAUCUUACAGGGGGCGACACGUCGUCAGUUGGGGGCUGAUCCUCUGGGUCUUUGUGCUUGCUUUAGUGAUCACCCCUAUCUUCGCUCUUGACGAGACUCAAGCUGGUGUCAUUGAUUGGCACCAUAGAUGGAUCGGUACUCCACACCUUUCAGCAAUCCCUCGAACUACCAGAGGAUCAAACACCUUCUUUGCUGCUACUGAAAAGAAUGUCGUCGCAGCUAUCAAGGCAAAAACAGGCGAACUAGUCUGGCGUCAAGUGCUUCGCGAUGAUGAGCCCGUGCACGAAAUACGUUCUAUAUCUGGACAUGUCCUUGCACUUACAGGAACUAAAGAAUUUCACGCCCGCCUUCUUGAUGGAAAGUCCGGACAAGUCAUCUGGGAUUUUUCUCCAGCAGGUGAAGGCAUUGUCCCAGGACUCGCCUUUGGUCAAGCUGUCACUGUCACUUCCGAAGACUCUAAUUUGGUUAUUUUGAAUCAAGGCACACACGUCCGUAAAGUGAGCGCCAAGGCUGGCACAGAGCUCUGGCACUGGAAGGCUGAAGAGGGAUCUGCAACAACAUUUUUUUCAGUAUUAGAAGCCAAAGGUUUUGACGAUCAUGGCGAUAUCACCUAUGUGUUAGGGCUCCAGCGCAACGUUGCUGCAUUCACACUUGAAGCUGUAGCUCUUGACUCGGCAACUGGAAGUCUUAUCAAGACCUUCAACAUCAAAUCCAACAUCGAUAGCUUUGAGGACAUCUUGACUCUUGGUGGUGGUUCGGUUGUGAAGAAUGGGUACGUGGCUUGGUUAGAGCAGGACUUUUUAAAAGUCUUGACCCUCGGAACCAACAGAGUCACACAGUUAAGUGUGAAGACUAUCCUAUCUGAAGUCUCUAGUUUUGAAGAGCUGGUGGGCAAGCUAGAAACGGUUAACUUAGGAUUAGCCGAAGGCAAUACCAAAUUCAUAAUCGGUGGAACCGUUGGUGAAUAUCAUGAUGCUAAGGGUAGCGUGCUUUUUGACAUUGAUGGAGACUCUGGAGAAAUAGAAAUGAUAUCGGACUUUGGUGUACGUACUGGCUUUUCAUCGUACACAGCGGCAACUAAGCCUGGAACUAGUGAGGUUGUAAUAUUGAGGGCAUUCCGCGAAGACGAAGAACAUGGAGCCUUUGAGUUGUAUGAUGUCUCUGAAAACAAAAUCAUUCUUCACCAGAUCUUACCACUUCCUUUUGACACAUACUCUCACUUUUCCUUCGUCGCCCUGGAGCUCUAUUCCAAGGGUCAAGGAACUCAGCAUCGGUUCUAUUUUUCAACUCUGGAUGGAUCCUUCCAUGCAUACUCAGAUGUUGAAUCAGAGCGCUGGCAGCGUGAAGAAGCACUCGCGAGCGUUAAGGAUGUCGAGUUCGUGGACUUACCUGAGCGCAAACUUUGGACACAGGAUGUCGAUGAAGCUGGUCAUACCAAAGCAGCAAAGAACCUGACUAUUGUUGAGCGCUAUGUUGAGCGACUGCGUAAUCAUAUUAUUCAACUCAAAGAUUUGCCAGCUUUCAUCAUUUCCUAUGCCAAUCCUUCGUCCUUGUUUACUAAAUCACCCAUCGCAGCACCGUAUUCUGAAGUUCAAAUCAAUUCCCUCAACAAAACCAUUCCACCUUUAUAUCGCGACCAAUUCGGCCUCCGUAAAAUCUUAGUAUUCAGUACUGAGAAGGGUAAGGUUGUUGCUGUCGACUCUGGAAAUAAAGGCCAAAUCGUUUGGAGCCGAUACUUUCCUUGGGGCCAUGAUAUCAAGAAUAUCAUCCUUAUCCGCCACGCCAAUGUUCGACUUCCUCCUGUCAUCGCUAUUAUCGCCGACACUUCAGACGGUGGCGGUAACAAGGUCAUGCGCACAUAUCGUCUUAACGCCUUGACAGGAAAGGACUUUGAGUCGGACAACUUCCACUUCCCAGCGGCUGCUUGGAUUCCGGCUGGCUACUUGAGUGCUCUUAAAUUACCCAUUGAGGAUCCUGAGCAGAAAACACAAGUAUUGGCUCUUGUCGAUGAACGUAUGCACAUCACAACAUAUCCUGGUAUUGAAGCUGCUCAGGAGGCCUUCAAGGCUCUUUCGGACGAUUUUUAUUUUAUGUUGAACAAUAAUAUUGGUGAUAAAGUUCUUAAAGGGUACAAGGCUAUAGUUUCUUCGGAUAUGGAUCGUAUGGAUGUGGAACCCAUUUGGAGCAUCCCCUUCCCGGCUGGAGAGGAGAUUGCAGUCCUUGCAGAGAGACCUUCGUACGAAGUCAUGGCGUCAUUGGGACGGGUCCUUGGGGACCGCGGAGUACUCUACAAGUAUCAAAAUCCCAACUACGCAACAGUGAUCACCGUCAACAAGAAACCAAAACAUGGAACGGCACCAUACCUUACAGUGUAUCUCGUUGACAUUGCUAAGGGCAGCAUUCUAUACCAGGUUACUCACGACAAUGUAGGGUUGAAUCAGCCCAUCCUCGCAACACAGUACGAGAAUAAUGUCGUAUAUACUUUUUGGUCUGAGGGAGAGACUUCGACAUCUGCUAAAGGCUACCAGGCCGUAGCAUUGGAGCUUUACGAGAGUCAGUUCCGCAAUCAGCGCACAAAAAGUGAUAUCUUUUCCUCAUUCGCUUCAGAACGCCCCCAUGUCAUCGCCCAGUCAUUCCCGUUCCCACAUUCUGCCACUGCUAUUGGCGUUACAUCCACCAAGGCUGGGAUCUCGGCAAAGGAUAUUCUCUUUGGACUUUCAAGGCAAUCAGUUAUGGCUCUUAACAAACGGUUCCUUGAUCCUCGUCGCCCAACAUCUGCACUUACGGCCGCGGAGAAGGAGGAAAUGCUGAUCCCUUACUCCGCUUUACCGGAUGAUCCUCGGCUUUUCCUGUCUUAUGAUCUCGAAAUAGCAGGCAUUAAGAAGAUUGCGACGUCACCUACACUUCUUGAAUCGACCACAAUCGUAGUGGCCUAUGGACAGGAUGUAUUUGUGACUCGUCAUGCGCCUUCAAAGACCUUUGAUAUUUUGAAUGAAGACUUUUCAAAAUCGCAGCUAAUGCUCACUAUCGUGGUUUUGGCGGGUGUAUUAUUUGUCACUGCUCCAAUGAUGCGAAAUAAGAUUCUCAAGGAGCAGUGGUAUUGAAGACGAAUAGAGAUUUCAGCAAAUAGUAGAACUAAACUUCUGCAUUAAAAAAAUAAAACGCAUUAUCUUUCUUAAGG